GUCUCCUACCACCACGCACCACGCAUCGCCGCACCUCACUGUGUCCCCCUUCGAUGCACCCCCACCUCUACCUCCAAGGUACCUGCCUGCCUGACUUCCUCAUCUGCUGGUAAGGUCAGGUAACCUGAAGGGUUAGUAGGCUCUUAUUUCAAACCACAAGGCCCUCCUCCCUCCUCCCCGCUCGUCGCCCUCUCUUUCCGCCCUUUCCCCCAGCUUUCCUCGCAUCGUUGCCUUCCCAGGUGUCGUCUCUGGCACCCUAUUUCGCAUCGGCUCUAACGCGCUUCGCAGCUGACUCUGGUGAUACCUACCGGCCUGUAAGUUGUUCAUUCGUCCUCAACGUCGUUUUCCCCUUCACUACGUGAGCCACCGCCCUUGCCGGAUCCUUCCGCCUGCGUCCCGGUUUGCAGCGUAGCAGAACUCUCGUCAGCUUUCGCCCCGGCUUGAUACGCCUACAGACCGCAUCUCGGGCCGCUUGGAACAUACCGCGCAAAAAUUUCGCUCGUCUUUGUCUUCCGUCUGUUCCAGGCUACCGAGCUCAUGCGCAACUGGUUGGAGUCCUGGGCUGGCUGGUCGCUGACGCAGGAGUGGAGCCAGACUCGGCCUGCUCCACUAUCGGCCUGGUUGAUCUGUGAUUCCCACGUCCAACGUUGGACUGCGUGUUUUCCAGCCUGCGACUGCCACGAGCCCACCCGACAAUCUUCCACCACCACCUUUCCACCAUCGGAACGCAGCCACAACCGGGCCUGCAGCUGUCUUUUUGUGUUUCGCUAUCACAGCUUGCCAGGCCAGCUGACAUGUCGCAGCGCGAGAGGUCCAGAUCCCCCCGUCGACGCUCGAGGAGUCCCGGAAGGCAGCCCCGUCGUCGCUCCUACUCGCCUCGCAGCAGAUCAAACAGCCGAGACGACUAUCGCCGCAACCGCGAUCGCUCGCCCAUGACCGGAACGGCCGCGCCUGGUGGAGGAUCCAGUACAGGCUUCAGCGGUCAGGCACCACACCGGUCGUACGAAGAACGAGCCGCCGCGCGCGAGCAGAUGAUGAACAACAUUCGCGAGACUUCGCAGCAGGACCGUCGCGUCUAUGUCGGCAACCUAUCUUAUGAUGUCAAGUGGCAUCACCUCAAGGAUUUCAUGAGGCAGGCUGGAGAGGUGCUCUUCGCGGACGUGUUACUGCUCCCUAAUGGGAUGUCUAAGGGCUGCGGAAUUGUCGAAUACGCCACUCGAGAGCAGGCCCAGCAAGCAGUUGCUCAGCUCAGCAACCAAAACCUAAUGGGCCGGCUUGUUUACGUCCGAGAGGACCGCGAGGCUGAGCCUCGAUUCAUCGGCGCCACAGGCGGGAAUCGCGGUGGAUUCGGAGGCGGUAUGUCAGGCGGUUUCAACGCCGGCUACGGCGGCGGUGGCGCGCCUGGAGGCGGCGGUCGCCAGCUUUAUGUGGCCAAUCUUCCUUUCAACGUGGGAUGGCAAGACCUGAAGGACCUCUUUCGACAAGCCGCUCGGAUUGGCGGCGUGAUUCGUGCCGAUGUUCACGUCGGCCCAGAUGGCCGGCCUAAGGGCUCGGGCAUCGUUGUGUUUGAGAGUCCUGACGACGCUCGGAACGCGAUUCAGCAAUUCAAUGGCUACGACUGGCAAGGCCGUAUGCUUGAGGUCCGGGAGGACCGUUUCGCUGCCGCAGGUGGAAUGGGCUUCCCUGGACGUGGUGGAUAUGGUGGCGGCAUGCGUGGAGGCUUUGGCGGCGGCGGCGGCUUCGGUCGCGGAGGUUUCGGAGGUGGCCGCGGAGGCUUCGCAUUUGGAGGCCGAGGCGGUUUUACUGGUGGUGGCGGCAGUUUCGAUGCUCCAGCUGCUGCCUCGGUUCCUCCGAAUCCAUUCACUGACCAUGCUACCGCUGGCACUGAGAGGAGCGAGACCAUCUACGUUCGAAACCUUCCUUGGUCUACCAGUAACGACGACCUGGUCGAGCUCUUCACGACUAUUGGCAAGGUGGAGCAAGCUGAGAUCCAGUACGAGCCCAGCGGCCGGUCUCGCGGCAGCGGCGUUGUCCGUUUUGACACCGCCGAUACCGCCGAUACUGCCAUCGCUAAGUUCCAAGGCUACCAGUACGGUGGCCGUCCCCUGAACUUGAGCUUCGUCAAGUACUUGAACCAAGGCCCCAGCGACAGCAUGGAGACGGAUGCUCAUGCUGGUCUCACCCAAGAUCAGAUUAUGUAAGGGCCUUCGAUCGCGCAUCGUCAAAGCGGCUGGAGAGCACUGAACACAAUAUUGUGUUUGGCGAGCCGGUUGGUUGCUCUCCAUCGCAGCUUCUUUUUUCGUUUUGUCAAGUUCUUUUCGCGGUCGAAAAUUCCCAGGGUUCUAGGUGGAUUGGUUUUUGACGCCCAAUGAGGCCACCCCUUCCGGCUUUGCCGAAACCACUGUACCCAAGGCAGGUAGCUGGACUUGGAGGAUGGGUGGCUUUGCGUUUCGUCCGUGAGAGACGGAUAGUUCUUGUCCAGACGCCGCGCAAAUACGGGUGUCGCGGGCCGCUGUUUGACGAGGACAGGCAAUGGCUGUUGUUCGCCGGGACAAAGAAGGAGGGAGGAGAGGGCAAGGUUCUACCUAGAAUGUAUGAGGAUAAAGCAAACGAUGGUGUCAGGUUGCCGGAUGGCUUAGGGUUCAGUUGCGGAUGACAAGCGUAGGAUGUUGGAGAGGCUGGCGGGCAAGCGUGGCUGGUGACGGCUCUUCGCUGGUAGGACGCCAUGACUAGGCCUGACGACGAUGUCGUGCUUUCCGACGGGGACCGGAGAGGGAACCGCAGCACAAGACGACCCAUCCGCCCACAGCACUUGGAAUGGAGGUGUCCACAAGCGAGUGGCAUCCGGGCAGAAGCCUGCGAGGAGAGUAGAGGUAUGGUGUGGCGGUUUGGCUUGUCGACCUCGACGCACGAGGAAUCUCUUUGGCGACGACCGAUUACCGACCACUACUACUUCGGCUCCGCACUCGCGAACGCUUUGAUACCGAAGGUAAGUUCCCUCCCUUGAGUCUUCCGCGUAUUUUCGAAACACCGCCUGCCCGCUGUAGACCAUGAUUUGUUCUUGAGGUGAUGAGUGCUCUACGACCCGCGCCUUCUCGUCCUCUUGCGCAUGGACGUCGCGGAGCUAGUACUGCUGAGGGAUGUUGGUUCCGCCUAACAUACAGGAAUCUCGGUCAUUGAGCCUGUGUUGUAGGUCUCCGCGCCUGAGGUACGAUGAUAGCCCCUACUGACCAAACACGGAACUUGCGAGCCGGCUUCCGCCGUAUUGAAGGCCGUAGUCGGAGACUUGAUUGCACUCGAACGGCCGAGCUGAGCCAUCUGUAAUUCACCGAUCAUGCUAAAAUUAGAUCUUUUACUGAACUACCAUGGAAACGCGCAAAAGCCCAGAGCAUUCCCACGCUCUGUGUGCACAGCGUUUUGGCCUCG